GCUGCCGGUAUGGGCGCUUGGACGGAUCGGUCGAUGUCGCGUCUCGCCACCCUUCGUCUCGAUCUCGUCUCGCGUUAGAGACUCUCGAAAGACGACAGUGACGCAUCGUCCUCUCGCGUGUGUGUCAAGGUGAUCUCGCAGAAGAGAGGGGAGAGAAAGGGAUGUUGCACGCGCGGCAAAACGACGAGAGCGGAGAGUGUGCGUCGGUGUCACUGGUGCGGUGAACGCGUCGAGUGCCGUCGAGACUCGAAAGGGCUCCCCGAACGAUCAAUAUUUGUUGUCAAUUCGAAUAUCGACGAUCCCUCCCGUCGGAUCUGGCUGGCUGCCGAUCUCGCGCGGGCCGACUUCUAUUGUCGAGUUUACGCGCGACUUGCGAAGCCCAGGCUGCAGAUCGACCGGUCGAUUCGUAUAAAGUUCCCUGUAUCGGUGCAACGAUAGAUUUUUGCGGUAGCAGAGAUGCGUCACUGAUAUAUUCCCUGAUGAUAAGCACUCCGCUUCCCGAGGCGUCUCGUCGAUAUCUCCGGCUACGUUGACAGUCUUUCCGUAGCCGUCAUCGGAGUUGUUCUUCCGUUUCGUCGAGGUAUCGCGGCACGGCUGAUAAAUAUUGAUCGCUCGAGGCUUUUAUCGAAGGAUCAGGCUCGUGACGACCGGUGAUCCCCGCCGAUGUGUACAUUCGUCUGUCAUUGCGUGAGCUCGGGAUCCAGCUGCGACAGAUAGCCGCACACAAUUCUCGCAAGGACAAGCUGACGCGUACGUGCUCCAAGCGGCACAGCUCUUCGAUUACGGCUUUCCAGCGAGAUAGAAAUCGAUUCGAAGACGAAGAGGACGGCGACGGCUCGUGAUGCAACGGCCGGUGGUGUGCGCGAAGUUUCCUCUGCCUUUGCUGUGAGAGACUGUCGCGAAUAGUGAACGUGUGACGCGCUCUUUGCGCGCGAGGCCGAGGAACAGGAAAAUGGUGAACAAGUGGGAACAGCAGCAACAUCAACGAGGAGUCGCGACGAGACGGGGCAAAGCAACGCCGAAGUCGUGACCGUCGUGCGCGCUUCAGCCUAAGGUCAUGGCCAAAGGCAUCGUCAAGAACAACGGUGGAUGUCCUCUGCACUGGGUCGACAAUUCCGCCGGGCAGCCCAGACACCUUCUCCAAGCGGCCGCCCUCUAUUUGACAGUACUGGCCGCUUUAUGGUGCAUUCCCACAUGCCUCUAUCACCGAAUCUCCGAGACCGGGCAGGCGGUGGUGCUGACGCUGGUGGAUACCGCAGCGGCGGAGCUGCAGAGCCUGGCUGAGCCGAAGAUCAACCGUGAGCUGUCUUCAAGGUCGUCCGUGAAGAACUCCUCCUUGUUGAGCAGUGGGGUCGGCCAGCCCGAGCUGAAGGAGCAGUUGCCGACGACGCAGAUCCCACCGCCGCCUGUCGUCGACGAUACGACGGAACGGCCGAACGAUACCGAGGUCGAGCAGGACGAUGUGCUCUUGCUGAAGAAGAUCUCCGAGGAGGCGCCGGAAGUCGUGGUGAUCGUCAGGGCCGAGCAGAAGAUCAACGAUUUGGAGCUGGGGGUGGAGGACGAGGUCGGCCAUGUGAUAUCCGAUGAGAUACCCAGGGUCGACGAUGCGUUCACCACGGCGCCGGAAUUGAACGACUCGGCGGCCCGGGCGCAGCUGGUCGGCGGCAGCAGGGACGAGACCGCAGCGGUCAUACUGGACGGUCUCGUUUCCUCGGGCCCUACCGAUCCGCAUGAGGACAUACCGUCCUUCAGCGAAUGGGCGCAGAAGCGCUUGGAGGAAGCGGAGAAGAAAAAGACUCAUCCAAACGCCUCUGUGCAAACACCGGGUGGCCCAGGACGAAGUGUGAGCGGUAUGAAGGUGCGUUCGAAGAACUAUGCAUCGCCGGACUGCGGCGCCAAGAUCGUAGCGGUGAAUCCCGAAGCGCGUGGCGCGAAAAACGUCCUAGUGUCCACCAGGGACGAGUACAUGCUGAACGCGUGCACGUCGCGCGUCUGGUUCGUGGUCGAGCUCUGUGAGGCGAUCCAGGCGAAGAAGAUCGAACUGGCGAACUUUGAGCUGUUCAGCUCGUCGCCGAAAGACUUUUCCGUUUACGUGAGCGACCGCUUCCCCACGAGGGACUGGAGCCCGGUCGGUCAGUUCACAGCUAAGGACGUGAAGGACGUGCAGAGCUUCGCGCUGCACCCUCACUUCUUUGGGAAAUUCAUCAAGGUCGAGCUGCAGUCUCAUUACGGGUCCGAGCACUUCUGUCCCGUCUCGUUGUUUCGGGCUUACGGCACCAGCGAGUUCGAAGUGUUGGAAACCGAGACGGAGGAUCAGAUCCUGCAGGAAGCGAACGCGAGCGAGGACGACGACGAGGACAGCGACGAGGAGGAGCCGUUGGACAGCGAAGACGGCGACCCGUCGAGGAAUCUCUUCGGCAGCGCGCGCGAUGCCGUGCUGAGUAUCGUGAAGAAGGCCGCGGAGGUCCUGGUGAAGUCCAGCGAUCUCACCGGCAACAACAUCACGGAGAUUCAGCACAGCAUCGACGGCGACAACAUCCUGGACGACUCGUACACCAGCUGCAUGACGCCCAGGUACACGAUCCUCUGCGGCAACUGCACCGAUCAGAAGUUCGCCAGUGUCUUCCAGCUGGUCAGCUGCAGGGACCGCCAGUUGGACGAUCUGCUGCGGAUCGACCUGGUGAACAGAACCUUGAGACGGGGCAAGCUGUGCGCCCUUUACGGCGUGGAGAUCGACUCGUUCUGUCAGAAAGAGGAGGCGGACUUUGCGGAGGACAAGCGGGACGACGCGACGACGACGCGCUUCGACCUGGCGCAGGACCUCCAGACGUCCUUCUUAGCGUCCGUCUUCAAACCGGAGUACAUCGCGGCGUUGUGCAACGUCUUGGCGACGAAGGAGCGCAAGGUGGUGAUGAACACGAGCUACGAGAUCUCCACGAACGCUUCGGAGGACGUCGCGAAAGAGGACCUUCUGUCCAUCAAGGACACCGAUCAGAACAACGAGGUCGUCUCGCAUCAUCAAGUAUCCGCCACGUGCACUCUCGACUCGGACUCUCCCGUUUGCAAGACCGCCCCCUCCAGGGAGAACCGACGGCGCCUUUCGCAGGACGUCAACGAGGAGGUCGAGAAUUUCAGCGCGACGUCCAUAGAAAACUCCAUCAGCACGGAGAGCUUGGCCUCGCAGAUCAAGCCUACGAAGACGCUUAGUAAGGAGGAUAUGCGCAAGGAGUCGUCCGUGCCGAUUCUGGAGCCUAGCAAGGAGCCCACGGAAGAGACGCUGCAGGCGGAAGCAUUGACCACCGUUGCCCCGUCGUUGAACCUACCGACGCCGACCUUGAAGAUCGCCGAGGACCUGCCACCGAUCGCGGGUACUUCCGUCGAGAUGGUGUCGCAGACUGUGACCAACGUCCCGUCGGUGAACGUCGACAGCCAAGAGACCGGCGACACUUUCGCGUCCGAUACGGAUAACGUCGAGGUGGGUGCGCAAGUGAAAACGGAGAAAUCGGAGGGCGGCGAGCUAGAAGGCAGACAGGCGAAGGAUCUCAGUGAGCAAGAUGUUAAAUUGUCGUCACAGGAUCACCUCACGCUGGACACGUUGUUUUCCGACUUGAAGGACUUCGAAGGUGACGCGGCUAACAUGCAGAACGGAGCAUCCAGCGCGUCGUCGGUGGCCCAACCCACGGCGAGCACGGCGCCUCAGAAAGAGUCCGUUUUUCUUAGAUUGUCCAAUAGAAUCAAGGCUUUGGAAAGAAACAUGUCGCUGAGCGGACAAUACCUGGAAGAAUUGAGUCGUCGUUACAAGAAGCAAGUCGAAGAGAUGCAGCGCUCGUUCGAGCGCGCGGUGUCCGCGAUGAGCGAGGAGUCCCGGAAGGGCGAGGAGCGUGAGGCGAAGAGAGUGGAGGAGAUCGCCGUUUUGAGGGAGGAGAUCGCAGUGCUCUCGAAAUCGGUUCAGAGCCUCCUUCACGACCAGGACAGCUGGCAGAGUCGGAUAUCGGCGAUCGGCCAGCACGCCUUGCUCAUAUGGUUCGAAGUUAUGGUUAUCACUUUGUUUCUCUCCUACUGUCGCAGAACGAGUGAUCUCGAGGAGGACGAGAAGGCGAAGGACGCGAGGGCCGAAGGCGCACGUAGGAAGAGCGCGGAGAACUUCGGUGCUCAAGACGCGGCGAGGAGGACGAAGAAGCGGCGGCCUAGCGAGAUCGCUUCUCACAUCAACAGCACGUACCACGAGCUGAUGAUCGACGAGCGAUGCCACGAGACGAAGAAGGAGCGCAAGAAGAAGCGCAAGAAGGAGGCGGUCGCCGCCGGAGGUAGAACAGCGGGCAACGCCGACGUGAGAGCGGAAGGGACUCGCCACAAGAGCGGGUUGAACGCGCUCCCCGGCGGCGCGACCUUGCCGUCGAGGAGAGCGUCGUCCAUCGAUCCUCCGCGCCCCAAGGAGUCGCAGGACACGUCCGGCAAGAGGCCGGAGUCCGCGCCUGAGACCAGCAGCGGUUGGUUCGACGACCAGCAGGCGGAGAUAAUCGAGCGGAUCGCGCAGCCUGCGCGGCCUAGGAUGGAGCCCGACCGGAAGGGCAGUUCCGACCUCAGUCACCGUGGCGACGAGUUCAGCGAAUCGAACUCGUCGUCGGGUGCUGUGGAUCGCUGCCUGGAAGGGCCGGUCGCGAACGAGAGCAGCUCGAGGUCGAAGAGCAGCUCGUUCAGGGCCGGCGGUAUCCUCAAGGGCGCCAAGCUGAGCUCGCCCUCUUUCAUGAAGACUGCCAUAAGUUCGAGAAGUAAACGGAGACUCUUGUCGAACAGCGAGAGGUGGGAGAACUGGAACCAGGACUCGGAACAUUCGAACAGCGUGUCUGUCCCAUCCACGCCCACGGGCCCGUCGCCGCGGAGCAACGACAGCGCGAACGGCAGCGCCGCGCACGGCUUGAUCGAGGAGAGCGACGAGUCGAGGAGCAGCAGCGCGACGCGCACGCCCAGCAAGAAGGAGAAGAAGAGCACCGGUCUCAGGAAAAUGGCGAGAGGAAGCUUUGUUUGGCUACAGGUAUUUGCUACGCAUGUGAUAGUGGCAUCUCACGUCAGAUGAUGGGGGCUCCCAAUUCCCACGAUUCGGCAUCUCUAGGUAGAAGAUCGAGCCGGAGGAAGAUUGACCAAGCAAGUAUAGGCGCGUGAACAUUCGCGUUCAGUGAAAUCAAAAAGGCGGGCGAAUGGAGCUGACGAAGAGACUCGUGAACCGCAGUUACAAUGCAAUAUUGAGGGCUACAAUUUAUAAUUCGAAGAGGACGGGAAUGUAAUUCUGUAAAAGAACGCACUUUCUAGAAUUUGCUCUCGUUCCCCCCGUACAACGCUAUCUGGGAAUCAUUUUCGCGAAAUUUCCAAAUGCUGCGCUGAAAACAAAAAAUCUACAUUCAAGCAAAUAUUUGCCAAGGAGUAUUGGAGUAAUUAUUUUACUUGGAUUUUACUUGGAUUGGAUUAACCCCUUGGCACACAAUGACGUCUGGGAGACGUCAUUUGUUUCGGGUGUCAUUGUUGACGUCUCUGAAACGUCAAGAACUUUCUCCGACGUACGCCGAUUUUAUUGUUAAUUAAUAUCGUAUGUCAAUCUUAUUAUAUUCCGCUCUGUUUCUAAGUUUACACAACUGCUUAAUUCAGCCAAGUCAAAUAGUAUUUUUGGAUCUCUUCGAAGUACGUUUUAUUCGUAUAUCAAGGCGUUAAGUAAAUAUUACUCAAAUAUAGCGCUAUUUUCUUUUCGAAUAAUAUUUACUUAGAAUCCAAGAAAAAUCAUUACUGCGAUAUUCCUUGGCGAAUGUUUACUUGAAUGUAGCAUUUUCCUUCAGUGUGUAAACCAAGGCGGAAACUAAUAUAAUUCGCGCGGCCACCGAGUUUGAAAGAUCGGUCCCGUCCUGCUUAUUAUCAGAGUAUACCGAAACGAGAUAUAAAUGUUAUGCUUCGUAGCCGAUAUGUUCCUCUCUCGUUCCAGGAUUCAUUCUCGGUAUCUUGAUAGCAUCGCGUGCGUGCAGAUCUGUAGAUAUUAAUUAGUCCCGCACAUACACACACACACGCAUAGAGUUCCAUACGUAGAAAAGGAGCCUCGACUGGCGGGAAGGACAAUACGAUAGUGAAUGCGAACGAAGACUGCAAAAAAUUAUUACAACUGUCGCACAGCGAUGUAUACGACGAGAUGCGCGUGUAUGUGUCGCUGUCGCAACUGCGUUUCACUCGUUAAUAAGCAAAUUAUCACUCGUGAUAUCAGUACGACAUAUGCAUAGGAUACGCGGAUUUUGCCACGGAGAGUACUUCGAUGUGCGACUUAGUCAUAAGCGUGAAACUGCGGGAUGAUCGUCUGCGAGAUUACCCCACCGUUGCUAGGAGCGCCCGAGCGAAAGAUUAUUUAUAAAGAUGUAGAUUAGUUUCUAUAUGUAGGAUAUAUGUAUAUAAUUAUAAGAGGGAGAUCGGUCUUGAUCGACGCAACGGCAGCGACUACAAUGGUCUAAGAAGCGUUUCUACGUUUUCGUGUUAGAUCGUCCGGAUUAUCUCAUUUUUACCUGUAUAUCUAACUAUCGCCAAAGAGAAAGAGAGUGAGAGAGAGAGAAUGAGUGAAAGAGUGAAGUGCCGCGAGUCAAAUCUUAGAACAUCGGUGGUAGCUGUCGCAGUCACACAUCAAUUACUGUACUGUGUAAAGUAAGUCCAAGUACGAGCCAUUCGCGGCUCCAUUGGCGAGUUCAGUUUUAUCGGUAGCGUAGAUGAGUACACUGAGAUAUACUCAUUUAAUUGACUCAAGCGAAAAUUCUUCUUUCGAUAUGGGCAAAUAUUUUAGUUCGAAAAAUCAAAGUUUGCUUCUCCGAAACUGAAACUCCGAAAAUGAAAAAGACUUGAAUCGGAGAACCAAAUUUGAUUCUCACAAACAUCCGUUCGCCAUAUUCACUAUAUUCAAGAAUUUUGUUUGAGUCGAUUAAAUGGGUUUUUUAGGGUAUGAAAAUCUACGAAGACCCACAAAGGCGCUUCGAUUUCUUCAUUCGUAGCACUCAGUCUACUCGACGUUCUUCGAAUCUUCAUGUUGUGGCGAUAAUUGUGACGCGAAAAGUAAAAGAAGAAGAAACGUUUACUCAACUAGUUUCAUUGAAUCGUCGUAAAUUACGUAUCGUGAAGGAAUCAGCCAUACGGAAAGAAAUCUCCUUACGUCUUCUCUGCGGGAAGAGUGAAUAAUUAAAUCUCGGUUUCCUGUGGUGUAUACAGAGUAGAGAUGUAUCAUAUUUGAAGCUGUUUCUUUCGGUUUUCAUGAUUCAGAGCGUUGGCAUGAUACUUUACAAAAGAAGAACACGUUAUACAUUGAGCCUUUAGAUGAGAAGCGUUUUACAUAAUCUGUAAGUACUUGCGUGUUUAAUCUUUUGAUUGAAAAUGUCGAACUGUGUACCCUGCCUGUCUUUACGUUGACCCCUCGAUUUACGAAGUGUGCAGGCGUCGCGUUUUACGGAGAACGCUUUAGAUUUAAGUCAGUAUUUAUAGGAGAAACCGAAGGGGCUCGGUAAGAAUUAGAUAAAUUCAAUACGCCUAAUAAGUGAAUUACUCGCUUUUUCUUCGACGUAUAUCAAAAAUUCAUCAACUUGUCGCGGUUUUAGUUUGACUGCAAGAAAACAAAAUUGUGUCUUACGCACGCCUAUUAACAAUGGCUUUCUUUUACGACCAAAAUAUAUUAUAAUUACGAAAAAAAAAAAGGCAAUACUUUUCAUCAUCUUCGGCGAAAAAUACGAAAUACUCGAUGAGACGUUAAAGUAUCUCAGUAUCUUUCCUUUUCCUUCGUGGAUGACCGUAGCGAUUUACUUUUUAUCCAAGUUCCUUCUUAACGUGGACUUCUGGUUCUGUCGCACUACCGAAGUAUUCCCUUUCUCGAUUUAAAACUUUUUUACUUGACCGAACAUUUGCCGCGAAGAUAUUCCGAAUAUUAACAACGAUCGUGCCAGCAUUUUGUAUUUGAUAAAAGAAUGCGCUGUGAUAAAACCUCCUGGGAUUUGCUAAUUGUUGCAAGACGGAUGAGUGCAGAUGGAGAAUUGUGAUGUGAAGAAAAGGAAAGGGAUACUGAACGGACGAAGGGAUAUGGAAGGCGAAAAGGAGGAGCAAACAUUCAGAAUGACUUAAACUUUAAUAAAAGACGUGUCCUAUUACUUAACGUGCAUUUAAAGACUACACAUAUAAUAGUUGAUGAUGUAUGCAUAUGGUAUAUAUCAUAUAAUAUGCUUGAAUAAAGCUGGAGCUUUUUUUUUCGAGCUUCCCAUGAAUAUAUUUUCUAGGCUUUAAGUCAUUGUUACGCGCGUAUCGUUAAACUAGUGAUUAUUUAUAUGCAAUGUGAUGAAAUACACUAUAGCAAUUAUUUAUCAGAAUUACUAUUCUUGUGAGCGGAAUCGUCAUUGCCAUUGUCAUGAUCGUAGCGCAGAGAUUUUUGUAUAGCUUUUGCAGAGCGAAUGCGGAUCACAAUUAAUGAAAAAAAAGGAGCUCGUUUGCCAAGUUCGUUCGUAGUUUUACAUUUAGAUAUUUAUUCUUCCUAUCGAUCGUACGUUAGAGUAUGCGUCACGAUUUAAUUAUAAAUUAUAUUAUUCGCUUAUGAUUUUUUUUUAUUUUACACAGAGAAAUAUAUAUUUAAUAGAGUAAUACUUAAGAACACACACACAUACACACAAUACACAAAACAUACCAUUAAAUUUACUAAUAAUUUCCCAUUUGAAAGAAUAUGUGUAACUUAUUAAGUAUGAUCUAAGGUAUUACUUAUGUUCAUCCUAAAAUUAAUAAAUUAUUCCUCUGAUCUGAUAGAAUAGGAGAUAAAAAUAAGAUAAAAUGUAUGGUAAGAUAUCUCUCGUGCGUUCAUAUAUGCGAAGGGAAAAUUUUUCUCGAGUUCCACUUGUUGAUAACAUCAUAAAGCGAUCGAGGGUAAACGAGCUUGCUUCAUUUUCGUACGACUAUUCUGCUAGUCUGUAACCGCGAGGCAUAUGUUAUAUGUAUCAUAACGCAUUAGUUUUCUUUCAAAAGCAAUCCGGGGCGAAUAUGUGACGUUUUAGUCUUUACGAAUGUUCGAGUGAUUAGAAAUUAAAUGUUGCGCAUAUUCGUGCGGAUUCCUUUAGAUAGACACGUGUGUACAGGAAAUUUGUAAAUAUAUUGUAGAAGUGAAGCGAUAAUCAGUAUCGUAUAAGUGAAGCGAUAAUCAGUAUCGCAGUAUGAUGAUAUUCUCAAUUAUACAUAUAUACAUAAAACAGCUUAUAGCUGUGAUAAAUAGACCCCCCUCCCUCCCUCUUCUCCUGGUCAUAAUAAAACUGCAACCAUUACGAUAAAGGAUUUUAUUUAGUGAGAAAUAUAUUCAUAAAUAGGCAUACUUAUUUAUUAAAGAUCUUCAUUCCCUUCAAUUUUCCCAUGUUUUUGAGAGUUCCGUAUAGCGGAACAAGAGAAGCAGAGUUGUAUUGCUACGAAUCGUUGCUAUUGUGCCCAUUAUACGCGUUAAACAUUAGUCGAUGUCGAGCAAAAUGUAUGAACGAAUAUCGAAAAAGCAUGUUUUGAAUAUGUAUACAUUAAAAAUAUUCAGAGAGGUAUAUAUUCAAAAUAUUCCAAUAUAUAUGUAUAUGUGUGUGUGUUAUAUUUGAUAACGUAUACACGAUCAUAUAUAUUAUACAUUCGAAAUCGUUAUUCGUCAUUCGUGUGUACAUUUUGAUCUCAUGAAAAUAUGAUCUUGAUAUUAAAUGACAUUAAGUAGUGAAUUUAUUUUCGCCCAGAGAUCGACUCUCCACUUCUUUGCGUCAUCCUCAACAUUAAUUCAUUAAGUGCGCCUGUUUUAUGUAUCCGUGUUACAGAGUGAAAACCGUUAAUUUUAUACUUUUACGUUUAUAAAUAUUUAUUUAUUUCCUUCUUUUCUGCUAUAGACGUGUCCUCCCCUGCAAUUUCGAGAGAAAUUUACAAUGUAUCCGAGUGAAUAUUCGAACGAGUAUCUCUGGAUGUUCAUCGAAAUUUUGUAUUAGAAUAAGUAUGUAAGAGAGAGCGAAAAAUAUGCGUGUACGCGUGCGUGGAAAAAGAGAAUAUACUUAAGAUCAUUUGCGCCUAUCGUUGAAUGUUUAGUCAAUUAUUGUAACGAUUGUUACUCAUGCGCCUGAAUUUUAAUCAUCGCUUGUAAUUAAAUUGUACGCCUGUAAAUAUAUAUGAAAGUAAUGCACGUUGCGCGUAUAAUGAAUUGAUGAAGAAAUAAAGUUGCCAAAAGACUCGUCAUACAAUAUAUACCAUA